AUGCAAUUCACCAUCAUCGCUGCUCUGGCCAUGGCUGCCACCGCCUUUGCUGCUCCCGUCGAGGAGCUCGCUCAGCCCCAGGUCCUGAUCUCCCUUCCUCCCGGUUGCACCAAGAGCAACCUCGCCAGUGGCAGCUGCGCUGCCGCCGCUGCCGAACUCGGUGCCAACCCCAUCGCUGACUUGAGCUGCGUCGGUUCUGCAGCCGGCACCGCAGCCAACUUUGAUGAGUGCAAGAGCUGCAUUCCCAAGAGCACCAGAGUCAUUGAGAACUAG